CGCCCCCGGUCCGUGGAAGGAGCGGACAGUGGUGGGUGGGCCCGGGGGGGACUCCGGGGCUUUCAGUCCCGGCAGGGGAACUCGUGAUCCCAGGCCGGAUCCCGCUUGACUGGUCUCCGGAGUUUGAGUGUGUGUGUUGGGGGGACUUUCCCCAACUCUCCAACCCCCAACCCCGAGGUCAGAGAGUUGGGACCUGGGCCAGACUCGCCCCAGGCCCUGGCGCGGCCCCAGGCCCCAGAACCCCCAGCCCAGUGCCGGGGUGGGGGGCGCAGGGGGUCUGUGUACCAUAGCGAUAGGUCAGGGCGUGCUGGGGGGGAACCGGGGGUUCGUUUUUCCCACAACCACAAACGCAUUUCUCAAAAUGGAGCCGCUUGCCCCUCCUUCUCUCUUGGGCCUCGAGAGCGGGAGCCGGGCUGGCUAGGCCUGGCUUUCCAGACUCCUGGCCCUCAGAGCCCGGCUUUACGUCUCUCUGGCUUUGGGGGCCCUUGCCUGCGUGGCUUCUGCGACCCUAACUCCGGGGUCGGCCUCUGGCUCCUCGUGUCUGGGUCUCUUGGCCUCUUUGUCUCUUGACUUGUGUCUGUCUCUGGCUGCAGCGGCCCUUGCCCUCUUCCUUCGGGCUCUCACUUUCUGGGUACCCUGGAGUGGGAAGUGGGAACAGCCGUGCCAGCCCUUUCCCACUCUGCCCUCCAUCCUGUGGAGCGAUCUCUACCCCCGGGCCGGACCUUGUGGGGGCAAUCUCAGCUCCUGGCUCUACAGAGAAAUGUGUGAUUGCUCCUCGAAUCUCUAGUUCGCUCACUACCCUGGCUCGCAGUAACUCCUCCCUCAGGCUGGACUUCUGUGAUUUCUCAGUCUUAACACUUAGGGACACUUGAUGGAGGACAACAUAGAAAGACCAGACGGGGUAAUGGGGUCAGAUACUGUGAGCUCACCUUUCCUCACACCCUUAAGUUUAAAAAAAAAAAAAAAAAAAAAAAGGAUUUUAAAAAGGGGGAGGGACUUCCAUCCACCUAGGUGGUCUUGAAUAUCACCCAGGUCCCACCCCACCCCCAGAAAUGCUCACUCAUUACAAGUCACUCCAAAUGUGCCUUUCACACACCUUCCUGUUCACACACUUGUGUAAGAUAGACACAGUAAUUGGUGGAACUGUCCCGGCAGAAAUGAAGGUGCCCUACAGAGACACUGUCUCUCAAUCUAUGAGAGGCUUGAAAUGCACCCCUAGGGAUUUCAUCCUGAGAGAAGAAAAUGGCUUCUUGAGGAUGGGUGACUUCACCUGACUUGGGACAUAGACAGUGACCCCAAGUUUGGUGAUAUUCACACAAAAACUCACAUAUAUGUGGACAAACUGGUAUUAUCUGCGAAAACAUUUUUUUUUGUCAUAUAGUCAACAUUCAGACCCCAUAGGUUCAUUUAUUACAUAUACAUUAGUAACUUUUGUAUGCUUUCUUAGUAAUAAAACUCAGUCUUGUAAGACAUAAGAAUUCACACAUACAGCUGGCCGUGGUGGCACAGGUUUAGAAUCCUAGCCCUCUGAAAGCUGAGGCAGGAGGAUCCAUGAGUUUGAGGCCUGCCUGUGUACAUAGCACAGCCUUGUUUCAUUUAUGUUCCCCACAUCACACACACAUACAUGUACGGAUGUACUGACACCUGUCUAAACACACGUCUACUCAAUGCGUAUUUUCAUCCACAUUUUCACAAAUACUGCUCAUUUUUAUGCUUCUGUAGGUGUGCUCACACCCACAAGUAAAUGCACACACUCUUACGGAAUUCUCUGUUCACUUCUUGGCCCCUGCUCCACAUGAUGACUUCAGCAGAUGCCUAAGUCUUGGUCAUCAGCAGCCUUGGGACUGGGAGGGAGUUCCGGGUUGGAGGCUUGCUGUCCCUUCAGCAGCCUUGGGACUGGGAGGGAGUUCCGGGUUGGAGGCUUGCUGUCCCUUCCGGGAAGGAGCUGGACUGGGGAGGUGGAGCCAGCUUACUUGAGAUCCUACCAGAGGUGGUGGAGCCCCAUAGGGGUUACUCUGAAGAGUAACGGAAGCAGGAAGGUUUGUGAAGGUUGACACUUGGCCGGGGCCUGUGUAGGCUCCCUUAGUCCUGAGUGGAUGGCAGAAGCUAGGAGUUGUCAUGGAAACAAGCAUAGCCAGCAUCAACCUCUGGGAGGUAGGAGACCCCAGAGGGCACCUGUGGGUUCCUGAGACCUGUGAGCUUUCCUGUUUGGCCAGCUCCACCCUUGCCGCCUCCGUGUCUGGGAGAAACUGAGGCCCAGCAGUGGGAGGCUGGACACCGCCUGGCUGUGGCUCUUUGUUCCCUAAUUACCAUCUGAGUUGGUGAUGGCAUCCCUGACGUGUUCUCUGCCCAAACAGCCCAGUAACGAGGCCACCUGUCCCAGGAGAGUAGGGCUUGUACUGGGAGCUAGUAGUUAGGGAUCUCUGCCCAGUCCGAGUCUUGGCCUUUAGAGGGGAUGCGGGUUAGGGCUUAAGACUGGGUCUUCCCUGCCAGGGAACCUGCAUGGCCUCCUGGGUCCCCUAUUCCUUCAUCAUCUCUGGCCGAAUUAUUCCUUAGCCUUGUCCAGACUAGAGCUGGGUAGUGAGUGGUGUAGGGCCCAGGGAAAACUGAGCUUCCUGCCAGUUCCUGGAGAGGAAGCCUUGUUACUAUGUUGGGAGUGUGCUGCCUGGAGGAGGGGGUCAGGAGCAGGCCUGUGGGGGAGAGAACUCAAGGUGCAGGGGCUCUGACACCAAUGCCCUGCUCACAGGUUGCCCUGGAGGCCCCUGGCCAGGCCUGAGGCUCUGCCACCAUGGCCAUUGUACACACACUGCCAGUGCCACUGGAGCCCGCACGUGAGACAGCCACUGCCCCACAAGCUCCAGCCAUGGGCAGCGUGAGCAGUCUUAUCUCGGGCCGGCCCUGUCCCGGGGGAUCUGCUCCUCCACGCCACCAUGGUGUCCCUGGGCCCACCUUCUUCCGCCAGCAGGAUGGGCUGCUACGGGGUGGCUACGAGGCACAGGAACCACUCUGCCCAGCUGUGCCACCCAGGAAGGCUGUCCCAGGCACCAGCUUUACCUAUAUCAAUGAGGACUUCCGGACAGAGUCACCUCCCAGCCCCAGCAGUGACGUUGAAGACCCGAGAGAGCAGCGGGCACACAAUGCCCACCUCCGUGGGCCCCCACCAAAGCUCAUCCCUGUCUCUGGGAAGCUGGAGAAGGCGUUCGGAGCGCGGCAGAGGCACUGGCCACGAGAGCGGGAGGACUGCGCAGCGCAGGCGCAGCAGGCCACGCAGCGUGUCCAGCGGGCCCAACAGCUGCUGCAGCUGCAGGUGUUCCAGCUGCAGCAAGAGAAGCGCCAGUUGCAGGAUGACUUCGCACAGCUGCUUGAGGAGCGAGAGCAGCUGGAGCGUCGCUGUGCUACCUUUGAGCGGGAGCAGCGGGAACUCGGGCCGCGGCUGGAGGAGACCAAAUGGGAGGUGUGCCAGAAAUCGGGUGAGAUCUCUCUGCUGAAGCAGCAACUGAAGGAAUCUCAGGCAGAGCUGGUACAGAAGGGCAGCGAGCUGGUGGCGCUGCGGGUGGCCCUUCGAGAGGCCCGGGCUGCCUUGCGGGUCAGCGAGGGCCGAGCCAGGGGCCUGCAGGAGGCAGCCCGAGCUCGGGAGCUGGAGCUGGAGGCCUGCUCCCAGGAGCUACAGCGGUAUCGCCAGGAGGCCGAGCGGCUCCGGGAGAAGGCUGGGCAUUUGGAUGCGGAGGCAGCAGGACUCCGGGAGCCUCCUGUGCCCCCUGUGCCCCCAGCCACCACCGACCCUUUCCUCCUGGCAGAGAGCGAUGAGGUUAAGGUGCAGCGGGCAGCAGCGGGAGCAGGAGGGAGCCUGCGGGCUCAGGUGGAGCGGCUUCGCCAGGAGCUGCAGCGGGAACAGCAGCGGGGGGAUGAGCAGCGGGACAGCUUUGAGGGGGAGCGGCUGGCCUGGCAGGCAGAGAAGGAGCAGGUGAUCCGCUACCAGAAGCAGCUGCAGCACAACUACAUCCAGAUGUACCGGCGUAACCGGCAGCUGGAGCAGGAACUGCAGCAGCUCAGCCUGGAGCUGGAGGCCCGGGAACUCGCUGACCUGGGCCUGGCCGAACCAGCCCCCUGCAUCUGUCUGGAGGAGAUCACUGCCACCGAAAUCUAGGCUUGGCAAGGGCCACAAGACCAUCCGGGUCCCAGGACUCUGAGCACUCCAGGUCUCCCAGCCGAAGGGCCUCUGCCAAGCCUUCAGGUGGCCUUAUGACUUGAAGGAGCAGGAUCAGACCCCUUGAAGUUCCAUUCACUGUCCCCAGAGGCUCCUACCCACUCCACCAUUUCACUCCCCAGCGGCCAGUGCCACUGCCAGCCCUGUUUGUCCCCAGAUGUCUGCCAGCCCACUCCAGCUGGGAAGAGAAAGGGGCCACCCCAUCUCCACAUUCUCCCUGCCUGAAGCCAGAGAGAGCCAGAAUGGCACCAGCUGCUCCAGAUGUGCCUGCCCCCAACAUGCCCAGGUGGAGGGACAGGGCUAGGACUGGGGUCUGAUCCCCAUGUCCCAGCUCUGCAAGCCUCUUCUGGACUGAGGGGGCUGAAGUCAGACCAAAGGAAGAACUCAGCAAUGUCUUGUUUAUUUGUGUUUGUGACCAAGCAGCCCCUCCCAAUACCAGGUUUAUGGCCUCGUUUUCACUUGUAUAUUUUUCACACUGUAAAUUUCUUGUACAAACCCAAAGAAAAAAUUAAAAAAAAAAAAAGUUUGUUUUUUAAAAAAAAAAGUAUGCUGGAUAAAGAACUGCAGGCGACCUUGUCUGGCA